GAUAGUGUGGGUAUCACCGCGGCGAGGGGGUCGCGGUCGCCGGUCGCGCACGCUGCGUGCAUUAGCUAGUGCUGCGCGAAGAGCGCGUGUAGUUCGUGGAUAUAUCUGAGGUGACUGGAACUGUCACACACGAGACUACACCCGGCCUCAUAAUGUCAAGUCGAGCAUGGGUGACGUUAGCUACAAACGACUCUUACGGUCUGGGAGCCCUGGUGCUGGCGCAUUCUCUGCGCCGCGUCGGCUCCUCGUACCCGGCCGUGGUUCUCAUCACACCGUCCGUCACUGACCCCAUGAGAGAGCGGCUUGGUGGAGUAUUCGCCGAAGUGAUCACGGUGGACGUGCUGGACUCACAGGACGCAGCACACCUGGCGCUGCUGCAGCGUCCCGAGCUCGGCAUCACCUUCACUAAGAUCCACUGCUGGAAUCUCACGCAGUACGACAAGUGUGUGUUCCUGGAUGCCGACACAUUGGUGGUCCAAAACUGCGACGAGUUGUUCGAACGUGAACAGUUGUCAGCUGCCCCUGACGUCGGCUGGCCCGACUGCUUCAACUCAGGAGUUUUCGUGUACUCCCCUUCUGCCGAUACCUUCACUAAGCUCAUCGCAUUCGCACAGGAACGUGGUAGCUUCGAUGGUGGUGACCAAGGUCUCCUGAACGCUUUCUUCUCUGACUGGGCGCAUGGAGACAUCAACAAGCAUCUGCCUUUCCUGUACAACGUCACAUCAGCUGCCUUCUACUCAUACCUGCCCGCCUUGAAACACUAUGGGCAGAACCUUAAAAUCAUCCACUUUAUCGGGGCCGCCAAGCCAUGGCUGCAGCAGUUCAACUUUGAAUCGGGAUCAGUUGAUGCGCCCGAGCACAUCCGAGGCUUUCUCCAACUUUGGUGGGACCUCUUCGUGGGACAAGUGCACUCCCAGCUUGACACCGGCAUGGUUGAGGUGGCGGACACACAUGAAGGCCCCCCUGCGUUACCUCCACAUGACGUGGGACAACAAUUCCACUAUCAGCCCACUCCGGACCCUGAGUCAGAAUUCGCUUGGCACCAUCCCGACACUCAAACAAAAGAAGAAACGCGAAAGAAAGAGAUAGAUAUUACUGAGUUUCACGAUCCAUGGACGAUUUAUAGAGGGCAUAUACCGCCAAAUACGAAAGAAGAAGCUAGCCAACACGAAGAACUAGCAAGGGUAGACGAUCACGAAGAAAUUAGAAAGUACGCAUGGGAAUACCAGGCACAAGGACCUCCUUCUUACACAGAACAUAAUCCAAACCAAAACAACCAAGGACACUACACAGAUAAUUGGCAACACAAUAUUCAACAUGGCCUUACACAAGAUCAAAAUCAACAUCUAAGUCACUGGCAUCAAGAACACAACCAAAGCUGGGGCGGACAUGACCACCAUAAUCAAAAUUAUGAUCAACAUACUCAUGCUCAUCAUUCUCACGAUCACCAUGACCAUCAUAAUCAUCAACAGCAUCAUCACACGCAUCAUAGUCAAGAGAGUCACGAUCAUCACAGUUCAGUCCAUUAUGAUCACCAUGGUCAUCACAGUCAUGAUCACUAUUUUCAGCAGAAGCAUGACCACAAUGAUCAACAUGGGCAUGAACACCAGCAUCAUCAUAGCCAUGAUCAGCAUGGCCAUUACAGUCAUAAUCAUCAUUAUCAUCACAGUUCUGGAACCAAUGAGCACCAGCAUCAAAGUCACUAUGAUCAUCACAGUCAUCAGACUCAUGAUCAUCACCAAAAAUCACAUGACCAUUACCUACAACCAACACACAUUAACGAGAACACACAACAACACAACAAUAAUCAUACACAACACAUUGAAUCUGUUUAUAGAAUUGACGAUCAGAGACACGAUCACAAUUAUUAUAACAGUUCAGAUCCAAAUACACAAAACUUCCAUGCAAUACACAAAGUAUUAGAACAACAUGUUCAAGAGAAGAAAGUUAAAAAACGCAACCGUCGCAGACGACUACAUCGCAUAGAUGUUUAUAAAGAAAGCAUUUUGAAUGGGGAGGUCUCCGGAAGUGAGACUGACGACUUCGAUGACAUAAUGCCGAGACACCCCUACGAUGGCUUCUACUUAAGGCACAGGGUCACUGUGGACGCUCGCGGUCGGAAAGUGUGCUCGCAUGAAGUACCACCCACUCCAUCUCCUUCUCCCCCACCGGACUCACCAGUUCAGGAUGACUCACACCUACUGGAACAAUCAAUACCAAUGGACACUAAUAUUUCAGAUGAACAAAGUGGUGUGGCUGGCAAUCUGGCUCGUGUGCUGCCGGGCUCUGCAGGCCAGCGUGAAGCCUUGGAUGAGCUGUCUCGUCGCCAAGGUUGGGAGGCUGGCAACAUUGACUACAUGGGCGCCGAUUCGUUUGCAAACAUUUGGGCAAAGAUCUCACAAACGCUGAGCAAGCCCCGCACUUCACCUGCUAAACAAUCUCCUCCUAGAGAAUCUCCUCCAAAAUCAGUCCCUGAACAGGUUGUAGUUCAGUCAGGAGAAGGAGUGCAGAAACCAGAGGAAGAACAAGUCGAAGUUGCAAAAGAAGUUGUUCCAGCGGAAGCCGCCCCUCCAACAGCUGUAGAGGCGGCGCCUGCACCACUAUUGACCUCACAUUGGCCAGCGGAGCCUGCACCUGCACCAGUUGAAGCAGCACCUGCACAAGCAGAUGCUGCACCUGCAUCGGAAGAGACUGUACCAACACCUGUUGAACCUGCUCCCGAACCUGUAACUGCUGCUCCCGCACCAGCUGAGGCUAAGCCAGAGCCAGUUGCAGCUUCACCUGUACCAGUUGAAGCUGCUGUGAAAGUGGAGGCCUCAGAAGCUACCGUAGAAACAUCAUCCGCAUCGGUAGAAGCUGCUUCAGUACCAGUUGAGGCUGCAUCUGCUCCAGCAGAAGUGGUGCCUACUACAGUUGAGGAGGUAGCCGCAGCAGUAGAGGAAACUCCCGCAUCAGUUGCAGCAGCCCCUGCACCAGUUGAAGCAGCCCCCAUCGCUGUAAAGUCAGCUCCAGCUGAACCAGCCCCUGCAGCAGUACAGAGUGCUGAAGUACCAGUGACAGUUGAAGCUGUAGCACCAGUUGAAGCCUCAGCUCCUGAAGCAGAAGUACCUGUAACUGUAGAGGCCGCAGCACCUGUGGAAUCUGCUGCUGCACCAGUGGUUGCCGCACCAAGUGAUGUUCCUGUAUCUGUAGAAGCAAUUGUCCCAGAUGUGCCUGUGCCAGUGGAAGCUGUUACUCCUGCAGAGGCUCCCGCUGCAGCAGCAGUGCAGUCAGAAGCCCCUAAGACCCCUGAAGCUGUGAGUGUUGCGCAAAAGACUGAAGCCUCGCCCGUGCAAAGCAGCCCGGUGCUGUCAGCGUCGGACAGCCCGCCCCUGGCGCACACCCCGUCCAAGGAAGAGGCAAGCUCCCCGCUAGCUCCCGCUGCUAAAUCUUCCGAGGAGGCAGCGCAAGAGACGCGGCUUUGAUAGAUCAGGCCCUAACCGAGCUUGCUCUCUAAUGUGACCGCCAUACUAACGCCACGUCUUAUCGCUCGAGAGAAUAAAGGCGAGAAUAAAAUUGGUUGUGUAGCCGAGGAGCGUCGUAAGCCGGCGGGCAAGCUGAAGCUCAGCCCUCCUGCCGCCGCCGACCCGCUCCCCACGCCCGACAGCGAGCUCGAGGACGCGGCCGCGCUCGCCUCCGACAUCAUCGCGCGGGAACUGCUCACGCCCACCGUCACCGCCGCUUCCCCGCCCGUCGCCCAGUCGCCUGCUGUACCCGAGAACACUCGUUUGACCGUGGAGGGGCCCGAGGUCCCCACGCCACCCGUCGGUGCAGUAUCACUAGCACAGAUUGGCGUCAAAGUUCCGCCUAAGGGCAAGUCCACUACAGCAGCACAGAUAGAGUCUUCAAUCACAGAGACCGUUACGCCGCCGACGCCCGAUGCUACCACAGCCCCUGCGACUCCCCCAAUCGCGGCGACGUCGCCGGCUCAGCCCAGUCCACCGUCAGACGCACCCAAGAAAAAAAUAGUAAAGAAAGUGGUGAAGAAGGACAAGGAGGCCGCUGCCGGCGGCGACGCGCCCGUCCCGCCACCGCGCAAGAAGGAAAAGAAGCCCAAAGAGAAGUGAGCGGUGGCGACUCGCCCCCAAUAGUUCCUCUGUGCCAUAAUCGUAGCCUUUCUAUGUUUAAUGUCUACUUAUUUAAUUUUCGAAUAAUUAUGCUUUUAUGUAUCGCGUAAUUUUUACAAUAAUAUUAUAUUAGAGUUAAUUUAUACUCACCAACUCGCGGCAAAUGUAUUGUUUCGUUUGAUUUUAUAUCUUUACUUUUUCUUUUAUUGAUUUUAUCAUUAUUUAUGUUUUUAACAGUGAUGAUAAUCGGUUAUAUUGUUUUUAAACUUGAUCUACCAAAGGACGAGACGUAUUUAUUAUGAAAACGAAAGUUUUAUGAAAUUUUUAUAUUAAAAGUCUAUUUUGGAAUACUA